GGACACAAACGCUGGGGGACGCGUGCUGUCACCUGCGCUGGGCUCGUCGUACAGCCGCGUUAGUGCGUACGGAAAAGCGUUUUGCCGUCCAGAGCAUGGAGUCGUACGAGAAGGUUUUGUGUUUGGGCAGGGGAGGAGCGGCGGACGUGUUCCUCAUGAGGCACGCGGAGCGCAGGAGCCUGCACGCGGUGAAGCGGAUCAAAGUGGAGGACGCGAGGAAAGACGCGACCAAGAGUCAAAGUCAGAGGGCCGUCCUCCACGAGGCGGAGAUCAUCCGCAGGCUGGAGCACCCUCACAUAGUGAAAUGCACCGAUGCCUUUGUCAACCCUGAGGACGGAUUCAUAUACAUUGUGAUGAACUACUGUGACGGUGGGACAUUAGAUGAUAAAGUCAAGGAACGGCAGAUGCAGGAGUUUUUCACAGAGAGCACUGUGAUGGGGUGGUUUGUGCAGGUGACUCUGGCUGUGAAUUACAUCCACGCGGCCCGAAUCCUGCACAGGGAUAUUAAAACCUCCAACGUGCUGCUGACAAAGCAAGGUGUGGUCAAGUUAGGGGACUUUGGGAUUUCCAGAGUGAUGACCAACACGGCUGAUAUGGCCUCCACAUGUGUGGGCACCCCCAUCUACCUCAGCCCUGAGCUGUGUCAGGACGUCCCCUACAGCUCCAAGUCUGACAUCUGGGCCCUCGGCUGCCUCCUCUAUGAGGUCUGUGCUCUCAGGUCUCCGUUCACCGCCACAAACCUAAUGAGUCUGUUUUACAAGAUCACCAAAGGACAGUACAGCCCCGUUCCCGGCCUGUACUCGGAGAGCAUAUGCAGUUUAAUACAGACAAUGCUUCACCUCAACCCAGAAAACAGGCCCAGCGCGGCCUGUUUACUCAGCCUCGCGUACGUGCGAGGUCACCUCCAGUCCGUAAAACACAAGGAGGCAGAGUGUGACCCGGUGACGGUCCCAUCAGAGCGCCGCGGCAUCAACAGAGGCGUGAGAACGGACACGGAGGCCACGCUGGAGCACUCCUGGGUGGAAACAGCCCAAAACACCGAGAGCGGCGCCAGCGACGUGGAGGACGACGCCGCGUCGUGCGCCGGAGGAGCAAACCUCUGCAACGACCACUAUCCUGAGGACUUCGAUGAAGAUGAAAGCGUGUCCUCUCUGGGUGAAGACAGCGAACGCUCAGGCCGCCUAAGCAGCGAGUCUGCAGGUUCUAAUGACAUUCCUGACGUUUCCGAACAAGCCGAGUACUCGGACGAUUUCGAGGAAGACGAUGAGAGGGAACCUGGAGACGACACGGAGCCGCGGCCUGAGCUUCAGCACCCGCGCGCCGACGGGGUGGAGCAGCGUCGGCCCUGCGAGGCCGGAGGACGGGCACCGAAAGCACUGAAGGAAAAGGGUUAAAACGGGUCUCAAUGAGUGGAUCAGUGACGUAGUAUCUGUCGGACCCGAGGUUAGAGCGCUUGCACGGAUCCUCCAUCCGGCUGAGUGACGGCCUCCACCCUCGGUCUGCGUCUGGAACCUGCUGCCACACUUCCUGAACGUUCCUGAAAGACAUGAUUUUACAUCCUCACACUAGAUGUUAAUUCAACAGCAACAGCUUUUUUUUUUUUUUUACAUUUUACAUUUUUUAAACCUAAAAUCACCGUUGUGGUUCGUUCCUUGUGUCUCUAACUCGCCUGCCACGGGUUCAGCUCGGCUCAGGCUUUUUGCCUCAACGUGAGAUAACGGCUCGGUAACAAAUUGCGCCUUUGAUGGCUGCAUGUGGUGAGCGCAGCUGACCGCAGAGAUGCUGAGAUAAUGUCACGGGAAAGGAUGAAAACCUGCAAUUAACAGCUGGCUCAACAGUCAACACUCUGCAGGACAAACAGCUUCUCAACAACUGGCAGCGCAUUCACUGAACUCUCACAAUAACAUCCAUCAGGUUUCGCCUUCGGCAACAUGUGACAGAUGUUAUGACCCUGAGAAUAUGUUCAAGUACAGAAUACAGUUAAUGCUGUUCUUAAGGUUCAGCAGGUCACUAUUGAGUGAAUUUAAUGGUCAUGAGCAUUAUUCUGUUCCACAGUAAAUACAGUUCUACUCAUGUGGAUGCAAACUCAUCAUUUGAAGCUGUUGUCUAACGAAGCCGCGCUGACGUUAAGAAGUAAAACA